AAAAUUAGAGAUUUCCAUAUAUUUCUGAGCAAUAUCUUCCGCUUUCCGCUAACUUUUUUCUACUUUUUCUAGAGUUUAAGCAACUCUCCACUAUCUCUCCCGUUGACCUCCAUUUCUUUUUCAAAGCACUAUUAUGACCAAACUCUGUAUAUUCGUCGUUCUUCGGCAUUCAAUUUGCACAGCUUAAAGCUGCGUCUUUUAACUUCCCAUGGCUUUAUUAACUUCUGGUACUAAGAGAAAGAAAUCAUUACCAUGGACUUGCCUAAUACCUUGUGUAAUGCUGCUUUUCGCUGCUUUCUUUAUAGGAAGCGCCUUCAUUGUCACUGAAUGUAAAGAGAAAAUGUUAGGAUGGCAAUUGAUUGAAUCCUUCAGAAUGACUAAACCUAGUAUGUGUGAGGAUGAGUGCAGGCCUGAAGGAAGCGAGACUCUGCCCAGAGGUAUUGUGGCUAAGACCUCUAAUUUAGAAAUGCAUCCGCUUUGGGGUCCCCCCAAUAAAAAGAAAUCAAAAUCACCAAUGAGCUUACUAGCUAUGGCAGUUGGAAUUAAGCAGAAACAGAAUGUCAAUGAAAUUGUUAAGAAGUUUCCAGAGACUGAUUCUGUCAUUAUGCUUUUUCAUUAUGAUGGUAUUGUCGAUGAAUGGAAAGAUCUAGCAUGGAGUAGCACUGCUAUUCAUAUUUCUGCUGUUAAUCAAACUAAAUGGUGGUUUGCCAAGAGGUUCUUACACCCAGAUAUUGUUGCAGAGUAUGCUUACAUAUUCCUGUGGGAUGAAGAUCUUGGAGUUGAAAAUUUCAAUGCUGGACGAUAUUUAUCAAUAGUAAAAGAAGAGGGUCUUCAGAUAUCACAGCCAGCAAUUGAUGCAGAUGUAUCAGAAAUUCAUCAUCAACUUACAGCACGAGAAAAAGGGUCAAGAGUGCACAGGAGGGCAAUAAACAUAAAGGGUCCAGGAAGAAGGUGCUACGAAGACAGCACUGAACCGCCAUGCACUGGGUGGGUGGAAAUGAUGGCUCCUGUUUUCUCAAGAGCAUCCUGGCGCUGUGCGUGGUACAUAAUUCAGAAUGACUUCGUUCAUGCAUGGGGGGUGGACUUUCAGCUUGGAUAUUGUGCGCAGGGGAACAGAACCACAAACGUUGGGGUUGUUGACUCAGAAUAUUUGAUUCACUAUGGUCUUCCGACACUAGGUGGUGCAGAAAAUGAGAAGAGCAGUUUAGCACAAGAGAAAACUCUUAAACAGGAAAGCUUGUCAAAUGAAGGGCAAACAGGACUGCCGGAAUCUCAUCCGUCUGAUGCAAGAAAUGCUGUGCGUAAACAAUCUCUUGUUGAAUUAGAGCGAUUCAAGAAUAGAUGGAAAAAAGCUGUCAGAGAAGACCAAUGUUGGGUCGAUCCCUUUCAGCAGCCUGUGAAACAAAAAAGGUGACUGAAGGGUGGCAUUGUCAAACUUUAAGACUGAAGAUAUACAAAUUACAGUUAUUCCAUCUUGAAGUUGAAUUUGGAAGGCUGAGAUGGUUUUUUACGGGCUUCAAGUACUCAUGAUAACAGAGACACAUUGUCAAUUUCCAUAAGCUCCAAUUAUGUUUACAAACAAAUAGAAUAGUUCAGACUUCAGACAGCUAGAUUAACUUAUGAUAUACACCAUCUGAAGCAAUUACUGAAAAUGCAACGCUGUCAAGCAGCUUAAAUGAAAAUCUUACCAUUUUCUGGUGUUAUCUAUGCAGCAUGCCAGCAUCACAAUAUCAUUAAAUUUAAAUCAUGUUGUACAAAUGAUAAACACGCUGAAAUAUAAAUAUUAAUAGAUGGCCUACCCAUUUAAUCCA